AUCCAGGGUCAGCGGGCGUCGUGCUAGCCUGACAAGUUCCGCCAUUUCCCCCCUCACUUCGGGCCCGUUCUGCGUCCUUCUUCCUUCUCACCAUUGCGCUACAUCGGCGACGGCGGCACCGGGAGGCGGAGCGGCGCUAGGCAGGCAGAUAAACUGCAGGAAGGCAGGCGGGGAAUCCGGUGAGCCACAGCGGGAUGAAGAGCCGGGGUGGAUGAAUGCGAACACCGCAAGCCUUGAAUGUGUGACGGGCAGCUAGCGGCGCAACGACACAUUGUUAACGUUUGUUGUUGUUGUCGCUACAUUCCGCCCUCCUUAUUAUAACAGCCGACUAGCUUAGCUCUGAUUUCACACCAACCUCCGCGGUCGGUGGGAGAGGCAAGGAGGAGUACGGCCAGGUUUCGCAAGGCGGUGGACGGGUUCUCCUCCCUGCGCUAGAACUUAUUGACGACAAUAAACGCCGGCAAGUGUGUUCCCCCCCCUCUCCCCAGAAUUAUUUUUUUUGUGUUGGAACAAGUGAGCGAAGAUGUCGGGGCAGAGCAUUACGGACCGGAUAACGGCAGCCCAGCACAGCGUAACGGGAUCCGCCGUAUCCAAAACCGUAUGCAAGGCCACCACUCACGAAAUAAUGGGCCCGAAGAAGAAACAUUUAGACUACCUGAUCCACUGUACCAACGAGAUGAACGUGAACAUUCCCCAACUGGCCGACUCGCUCUUUGAGAGGACCACCAACACCAGCUGGGUGGUCGUGUUCAAGUCGCUCAUCACCACGCACCACCUCAUGGUGUAUGGCAACGAGCGUUUUGUGCAGUACCUGGCUUCGAGGAACACAUUAUUCAACCUCAGCAAUUUCUUGGACAAAAGUGGCCUCCAAGGGUACGACAUGUCCACGUUUAUCCGCCGGUACAGUCGAUACCUGAACGAGAAAGCCGUUUCGUACAGACAGGUUGCCUUUGACUUCACCAAAGUUAAGCGAGGAGUGGACGGCGUCAUGAGGACCAUGAAUACAGAGAAGCUGCUCAAGACCAUCCCCAUUAUUCAGAACCAGAUGGACGCCCUCCUCGAUUUCAAUGUCAAUGCCAACGAGCUGACUAAUGGAGUCAUCAAUGCAGCCUUCAUGCUCCUCUUCAAAGACUCCAUCAGGCUCUUUGCUGCCUACAACGAAGGCAUCAUCAACCUGCUUGAGAAAUACUUUGACAUGAAGAAAACCCAGUGCAAAGAAGGGCUGGACAUCUACAAAAAGUUCCUCACCCGAAUGACCCGGAUAUCAGAGUUCCUUAAAGUAGCUGAGCAGGUGGGCAUCGACCGAGGAGACAUUCCAGAUCUUUCCCAGGCUCCCAGCAGCCUCCUGGAAGCUCUGGAGCAGCACUUGGCCUCUUUAGAGGGCAAGAAGGUGAAAGACUCCACGGCAGCCAGCAGAGCCAGCACUCUAUCCAACGCCGUGUCGUCGCUGGCGAGCACGGGAAUGUCUUUCACCAAAGUGGAUGAACGGGAAAAGCAGGCGGCGCUGGAAGAAGAGCAGGCCCGACUCAAGGCGCUGAAGGAGCAAAGACUCAAGGAGCUCUCCAAGAGGCCCUCGUUUGCCACCACUGAUACGUCGCCCAUCUCCACCACGGGGGGAACUAUUAACACGGCCCCGGCCAUCGAUCUCUUCUCCACACCAAGCUGUUCCAACGGCGCGGUGAAAAUGGAGAGCGACCUGUUUGACCUUCAGUCCACGUUCCAGCCAGCCGUGCAGUCGGCCUCGUCAGGGCUCCCCGUGGCCACGGCGUGGGAAGAUCCUUUCACCUUCGCCGAAGCUGGAGACGACUCCAUGCCAAACCUUAACCCUUUCCUCUCAAAACUCGUUGUCGAUGCCUCUCACUUACCUGUCGUGUCUUCAGACGGUGUUAGCUUUUCCACUAGGACGUCUGCUCAUGAAAUGUUUGGUGAUCGUUACAAUCCCUUUACUGACACAAACGCGUCAGUUUCAAGCAAUAACAAAUGCACAGUGCGGCUAGAACACUCCAUCUCAGACUCCUUCUGUGGCCCAGUGUCCAUUGCCCAGCACCUCCCACACCAGGCUCCCUUCCCCACAGAGCCCUCUACUGUAGCAGGUCUAUUCAGAGGAUACUCCUCGCCUCAGCCCCCUCCCCAGCCACCUGCAGGUCUCCAAGUGGACUUUGAGUCUGUGUUUGGGGCCAAAGCCACGGGCAGCAACAGCCUCAAUGCUGAAGACGUCGCCGGAGGGAUCCUGAAACCGACUCUUGCUGGCUCCAACCUGCCGUCCAAUCAGCAGCCAGAGAAGCUGGUGUCGGACGACCUUGACUCCUCCCUCGCCAACCUUGUGGGCAACCUCGGCAUCGGAAACGGCACCAUGAAGAAUGACAUGCACUGGAGUCAGCCCGGCGAGAAGAGGCUGACAGGCGGCACCAACUGGCAACCUAAAGCGGCACCCACGACGACCUGGAACCCCGUCUCCAUGCCGCCGUCCAUCAUGGCCUUCCCUGCCACCACACCCACAGGCAUGAUGGGCUAUGGCAUGCCCCCACAAAUGGGCUCCAUGGGUAUGAUGAAUCCGCCGCCCACCAUGAUGUACGGGCAGCCAGUGAUGCGGCCGCCCAACCCUUUUGGCUCCGUGUCCAGCACUCAGCCCUCGGCGGCCUCUAGCCCUUCCAGCCAGAGUCCUCUCCGAGCCCCCGGACAGGACCCGUUUGCACACCUCUCUCUCAAGGAUUUCUUGUAGAGCGUCUCCUUAGACGCAGUUCAUGUAACUUUGAAGAGCUCGUCUAUCGGAAAGAUGAAGCACUUAGCAGCAAAAAGCUUGGUCCUCGUCCAGGUCUCCGGAGAGACAUUCACGUACCCACCCCCCUUCCUCCACCACGUUCCUCUCUUACACCCCCCCCCAACCCACACACGCACACACUACUCACUUAAAAUAUCAAACAUGUUGCGAUGGUUUUCAGUAACCAUGGUAACAAGAAGGCUUCCCUCUCUAUUUUACAGUGUCAUCUGUAAGGGUAACGUUCUGGCUGCUGACAAACUUUAAUGUUAUGUAUUUGGUUAAGGAAAAAAAGACACUAAAAAAAUGUAAACUGUGGUCGGGUGUUGAGCGAGCGGGGGGAGGGUGAUUAGUUGCCGGGCGAUGGGGACCGUCUCCCCUUUUUUUUUUUUUUUUUUUUCUCUCCCCUCCCCCUCGGCGCCACAGUCCAUCACUUGUCACGGUGUAGUGAUGCUAACGACGUUUACACCCGUUUAGUUUGUGUCUUUUUUACCGUGUUUACAGUAGACAUUCCCUGUGUCGUUUGUAUUUAUUUAUGAUUAUCGGUCGAAGGAGCGUGGGCGGGGGGGUUUAUUGUAAAAUCAACGGCGCAUAAUGAGCAUUGAACACCCGUGGGAGUGCUUGAACGUUAAAACUAUCAUCAAGAGGUAGUGACAAAUAGCUAUUAUAUAAAUGACACCUAUUAAGCCGAAUGAUAGAGCACUAAAUAUUGACUUUUGUUAAUUUUUUUUUUUUUUUUUCUUUUUUACUAUUGCUAGAUGAAAAUUAAAAAAGAAAAGUAAAAAAAAAAAAAAAAUUAAUCACAGCCGCCACUGUGCUGAGUGCAGAGGUUUCUGCAAGAGCAGGGGUGGGGCACCAAUGCGGCCCACCAUCCGAUCCGAAACACAUUCUCAUAAUAUAUAAUGAAUAUUGAAAAGGAAAAAAAAGAAGUUUGAUCAUGUUUUUGUAAAAUUAGCACGGCCCUUGGGGGACUUGAUACGAAAAGGGUGGCCCACCCCUGCGCUAAGGAGUACAUAGUGCAUUCUGUGCCUAUAUCGAGGUCUUUGUUUGUAACUUGGGUAACACUUCACGCACCAUCUCGGCGGCGGCGGCGGGUUCCAUUUUGCUUUAAUAGCUUGGCACGCCAUCGACUCGGCGAGCACGCUCGAGGCUGCCUGUACUCUCUGAAUGUGAAGAGUUUUCUUCAUGUUGCACACAUCUUUCCACGCCGCACACGCAGACACCCACCCGCCGUCCCGCUCGAGCGCCACGCGAAUCGGACGGGAGAUCAACACGAUCGCUCGGCGGCGGAUGGGCGAGCGUCGGCGGAGGACGAGGGACGAGCGCUGUUGAUCGGCGCUCAGUGUAAAUAGGAUAAUUAAGACAAAACAAGUGACUGUUCUUUGAUUGCUAAAAUGAAAGAUGUAUGGAAUAUGAACAUGAUUCAAAUCCAAUUUUGAUUCCACCUAUUAAGUCUUGAUUCAGGAUGAUCCUCUCUGCAGAUCUCUUCUGUCAUUAGAACCUGUAGCAGGCGAUCACUCAAAUAUUGUUUUUUCUUUUUCAAAUAAAGAGCAGCUUCCACAAAAUAAA